AUGCACUUGAUGCCGAACACGACGCUGCUCACCGCCUCACUCCAGUACGGGAUUGUCGCACGCUCGUACCCGCUCACGGGCAAGGUCCUUCGCGGCUAUCUCGACGCAAGCGGGACCGCCAACGGGCUGGGGCAUGGGAAUCCGAAUCUCGAAUUCUCGCCGCAUGUCACGGCGAUUGCGCUCGCAUCCGAGGGGCGCACGGCGAAGGUGCUGUGGGGGUUCCGCAACGGCGAGGUCGCGGUGACGACGGCGGUGCGCGCCAUGGACGGGAACCGUCCGUCGGCGGCCAAGCACGCACGUUGCAAGUUGGAGGAGUGCCAUGAGGCGGCCGUGUGUGCGCUUGCAUGGGGCAAUACGGAAGCCGGCCAGGAAGGUCCGAGCGCUUUCGCCACGGGCGAUGCGCACGGCCAAGUGAAGCUCUGGGACGUGAAGCAGAUGAAGUGCGUCUGGACGUCGAUCAAGAAGGACGGUCUCGAGAGGGAUGUGUGUGCGAAGCUUGUCGUGGAUGUCACCCGCGGGAUGGUGGUCGCAGCCAUGGAGAGCAACAAGAUCAUCGUGUGGUCCGGGUUGCGCCCCGUCCUGAUCGGAGAGCGAGAAGUGCUCGAUCAUUGUCCGACCGAAUUGACGAUAGCGCCGUUCCCCGCGUUCAAUGCUACGCAGACACCGGCCGGUUUCGUGCCCCUCCGCGAGCUCCUGGAUAUCCAUGUCUCGGCCCCACGCGAUGGUGAAGUCGGUCUUCUGGUCGCCUACAAACACGAUCCUUAUCUGUACCGGAUUGAUGUCGACAUAACUACAUCCGACGUUGAACGUUUCGCCCUCGGUGAUGGCUCAGCCGGCUCAGUCACCGUGGUCAAACCAGUAUUCGCUACCCAGGAAAGCGAGACUAGCUUCGUACUCGUCGGUGACCAGCUGGGAUGCAUCAGUAUCUUCGAUUGGGACGGCUCCACCUCGACAAGCAAGACGAGCAUCGCCCCUCUCCGCAAGCUCGAUGCACACGAAGACGGCGCGGUCACUGCGCUUGCGUGGAACACUAUUGUGCUAACAUCUGGUUCUUCUCGCGGGACGAUUAAGGUCUGGGACUCGCUGUCGCUCACGCAUGUCAGGACCUUCUCGUCACCCGGUGCCCGUCCUGCUGUUGGUGGCGAGUGGGAUGGUGUCAGCCAGAUCGUCCUGGAGCGCACGGUGCUCCUUGCGUCGGUCGGAAGCAGGGUCAUGGCAUGGCAAGCCGGCCCGGUGGGCAAGCACGACAAGGCGCACGCAAAGGGGAAGCAAGCCAAAGCCUCCCGGAAUUCGGGGCUGGCCAAGUGGCAACAGCAAAUCGAGAUGUACCGCGACAUCGCGGAGUCACGCCGCGAUCUAGACGAAGAGCAAUCGCAUACGCGUCGUACGUUCGGACGGGAGAGGGAACAGCAGUCAACCCUCGCGCACAUGGGGUUGAAUGAGGUUGAGGCUGUGGAGUAUGUUCUCAUGCUCAGCAGGGAUGAGGAGGAAGAUCGGUGGCUAAGGCGUGCCCUAUCCACAACCGAGGAUGACGGUGUCUUCAUGGCCGACUUCGACGAUCUGCAAACUCCCGUGUCCGGACCUUCGGCGUUCAUCGAACACGCACCGUCGCCCGCGAUGACAUCACGCACGUCCUCGUUCUCUUCGCAAUCGCACUCGAAUGGCAGUAUCGUCAUCAAUGGGCGCACACUGCCCCGCACGGUCCCGUUGCAGUCUAACCACAAGAUUCAAGUAUCGCCUCGCAUGCACCCGGAGCCGAUGGAAGCGGGCUUCACUCACAUCCCUCUCAACGGGUCCCUGUCGUCCUCAUUCAAUACACAGACUAGCGUCUCUGUGCCAUCAACGACGGAUCUGGACCACUUUCCGCCCGUUAGUCGUACGCCGUCUUCUACGGGUGUGUCCGUGCCCAGUACACCUGCGAGUCCGAGUGCUAUGCGUCGGUCCGGCCCUAGUAGUGCAGAGUCUCUUCGUAACGCAUGGACGACCCCGAUGUCUCUGCAGUCGGUUUCGUCGGCGCCGUCGCCCACACCAGCCUCGGCGACUUCCUCCCCACUGCUUGUUGCGCGCAAGAAUUCACCACCCAACCGCUCGUCCUCCGCGGGGCCGUCGCUCAUCUCUGCCGGUUUCGCUCGACAGACAAGCAGGAGCUCAGGAUCACCGGAGUUUACGCCGCUCACUGAGGAUGCUGAGGAUGAAGACGAAGAUUUGCGCUUGGCGAUAGAGUUGAGCCUCGCAGAGGCACGCAGUCGCGGGGAGAACAUAUGA